AAAUGAUUUCUCAUAACUAAUAUUGCGCAAAAUUUGUAUUUGUUAAAAAAAUGCUUGGGAUAUUCUUAAUAAAAAAAAUAAAUAGCAGGGCACAUGAAAAACUUGGUACGUUUCUGGUAGUAUCGGGAGACUAUGCUGUAAAAUACGGCACAAACUAUAGGAUCGUAUACAUAUAGUAACGAUGCAAUGUAUCUGUGUAGGUAUGCCUGCGAUAGGACGACUGGAUACAACCGUGGUGGUGGAGAGAACGUGAGUACCGUUAGUGAGCAUGCGCCACAGCCACCAUAUCCGAUAGCUCCGCCUUUCUCGAUGCGUAUGAUGCCUUUGGGAUUUGUUCCCCUCGAACCAAUCAGCGGACGCGACAGAGCCUGUGCGGUGCGCGGCGGGAGGGAAUCUAUGGCUGCGCGGGGACGCGCGGGAACAACGGAGGUUAGUCGUGUUAUACUGCACGGAGCAGGGAGGUAACCAGGCAGUAGCAGUGGAGGAUAACGAAUACUCGCGAGUAUUUGCAAGAUCUCGUGACUGCGUCAAGCGAACAACAUAGUGCGGAGGAAAAACUGUAGUACGAAAAGUGAAAAGAAAUUCGAGGAAGCGACACGCCGUAGACAUCGUACUCCGCUGCAACGGUUAACGGGGUGGUGUGCCGUGAACGUGUUGAGACGUGUUGGACACACAUACGUAGGAACACACUCACGCAGCCUGUUCGAAAACGUGCAUAUAGGUGUGACUGCGCAGUCGCCAUAUGCUGCGUAAUGAAAAGAUUGAGAACAAUAUGAAUAUGUAUGUGAAAUGGCAAGGAAAAAGAGCCUUUCGCAGUUGAACAUUGUCGGCGAGAGAUAUCUUUUUUUCUGAGUGAAAGUUUGUAUAUUAUUUUUACAAGGGCAUAAGAAAACAUGACAGAUGUUAAAACAAUUGGAAUUCCAUCAUCUCAAUCACAACCACAGCAGCAAUCACAGCAAUCUCAGCAGGCACAGGCACAACAACAAUCUCAACAACAAAUGAUUAUCACUCACGACUUACCGCAACAGCAGAAUGUUCAACAGCAACAACAGCAUGUACAACAAUCUCAGCAGGUCCAACAGCAGUCUCAACAAGUGCAACAACAACAAGUUCAGCCACAGCAACAAAUGCAACAGCAAGUUCAACCACAACAACAAAUGCAAGUUCAACAACAAGUACAGCAGCAGGUUCAGCAGCAACAGCAAUCACAGACGCAGCAGUCACAGCAGCAGCAACAGAAUAAUGGAGCACACAAUGUUGUUCCUACUCAAGUUCAAGUACAAUCGCAGGUAGCUGCAAGCAUGCCCCAACAACAGUUACAGGGUGUUGCGGUAUCAAUGCAGCAACAUCAGCAACAAGGAGUAGGAGGAGGUGUGUCUAUGACAUUAUCUGGUCAACAAGGUGCAACUACUAUAACUACGAUGGCUGCACAUCCGCAAGCAGUUCAAGUUAUUCAACAGCCAAUUCAGAGUCAAGCUUAUCACUUACAACAACUAUACAAUACUCAAGGCACACCUUUGUUAAUGCCAGGAAAUCUCGCACUUCAUCCAGCAGGCAUAAAUCCCUCUUCUAUUCAGGUGAUAACAGCUGGAAAGCCAUUUCAAUCUGCAGCUCAACUUACUCCUCAUAUGCUAACUACAGCAUCAACGCCCGGACAAGGUGGUGGUCAUCCUGGUGCAGGUGGUACGAAAGUUCAAGGUUUUCCUGCUGGCUAUUUACCCGUACCGACUUCAACUCCUGGUGCUGGUCAAACGUUAGUAUUUGGUCAGCUUGGUGUAUUAGGUUCUCCGCAACCACCACCAUCGCUACAGCAGCAACAGCAACAACAAUCAGCGAAUAAGCAAGACCAGGUGCAAAAGUAUACAACGUGUACUGCUGGGACACCUUCGGGCGGUAGAGGUGCCGGAAUGCAGUUUGCACCUUGGCAGUUCGCACCUCAGGUAUGGACCGCUGGGUUACAACAACCGGCUCUUCUCACUGCCGCACCCAAUCAGAUAUUUAUUCGCGGUCCUACGCAACAGGACAUGUUUAUACAAAGUCCACAACCAAUACAGGCGCACAAUGUAGCUUUAGCGACGCAACAACAAAUACAAGGUGUACAGCAGAUUGCUACAACUAGCGGAAAACCUACCAAGGUAAUGGAUAUACAACAACAACAGCCCCAGCAAAAUAAACCGGGUGUAGGUGGACAGCGGCCGUUAAAUAUUCUGCCUUCGUCCUUGCAAGCCGCCAAUAUACGCGCCGCCAGUUCCGUUUCCACGCAAACGGUUCACGGAGUACAAGCCACGGUACAAGCACAGAGUGGCAAAGGGGGUGGUGGUAGUGGAAAAGGUCGUGGAAAGCCGAUUCAAUCUCCUCAACAACAACCGCAGCAACAACAACAGCAGCAGCAAGCUCAACAAUCCAUACAGCAUCAACAGGUCUUUAUACAGCAAAAGCAGCACACGCAGCAACAACAGCAACUUCAACAGCAGUACCAGCAACAAGUGCAGUCCUCUCAAAUACAACCUAAAGCUAUCAUGACUAAUAUGACGCUGCAACAACAACAACAGGGUGGAGUUGUCCUUGGUACAGAUCGUCCUAUUAUGCCAAUAGUAUCAGUAGGUGGAGUUGGAAUCGGAGUCGCCGCUACCUCCCAAAUGAAUCAAGUACCACAAUCUUCAAUGCCUACAAUGCAACAGCUUCCUAUACCGGUAUUGACCACUAUAUGCCGGAAGGUGCCUGUUAACACUCAGUGCCUUUCCUAUCCUAUAUAUGGAACUAUUAAUCCAACUAUAAUAGGCAAUCAAAUAGUAAGCGGAGCAUCGCAGGUUCAGGCGAUGCCGAUCGUAAAUGCGACGCAGGAUCAGCAAUCGCACGAUAAUACCAACUCUGCGAUAAUGAUUACGUCGCCAGAUCGUAAUUCACAGACCGAGUGCUCUCUGAUACUACCGUCUACGACAAAUCCUCCAGUGACGACUGACGACAGUGGCAAGUUAGCUUCGAAGAAAGAAGACGCAUCUGCCACUACGGAAGAAGUCGCGGCGGCAUCUCAGUCGGAAGUAAUAGAUGGAGAACAAUGUAAAACAGCAAUCGUAAAAGAGGAUGAAGUAACCGUUCCGAAAAGUGAGGAAAAACAAUGCAACAAUCCGUUAGCGGGGCUUGCCAAUACAGUGAACGCGAUUACGAAUGGUGUAGUUGGCGAUGAAUCACCAUCUAUGCCAAUCACUUCUACGCCAAUAACAGCAAACAGUAAACAAGCGCCACCUAAAGCCAUGGUGAAACCACAGGUCCUUACACAUGUGAUUGAAGGAUUUGUAAUACAAGAAGCAUCAGAACCAUUUGCGGUGAGUCAGGAAACUACCAACAUUCUCAAUCGGAAUAACACAAAUAUGGAAAGGGAGUCUCAUGAGGAACCUCCAAGGAAAAAACAUGCUCCUAAUUAUACAAAUGAAGAAGAUGGAGCCAGCGUGCAAGUCAACAAGUGUGAAAGCUGCGGCAACACGAUUGACGAACAGAACGUCAAAUUCAAGAAAGAAAAGCGAUUUUGUUCAUCAGCAUGUGCAAAGAACAAAAAGCGCGAAACACGAGAUCGCGAUGGUAUGGAGAAACAAUGGACUGAAAUUGAGACUGAAACUAAUAAAACUAUCGACAAUGACAUGGCAAAGAAGAAUGGCGAGGAAAAGACGUUGUCUACGACUAUUGCUUCCUCUGCUGACGAAUCACUGCCGAAAGUAAACCCGAUUAAAUGGACGGUGGGUGAAGUAUGCGAUUUUAUACGUGGUCUACCUGGAUGCUCGGAUUAUGCGGAGGACUUCGCUAUCCAAGAGAUCGAUGGUCAAGCUCUCAUGCUGUUAAAAGAAGACCAUCUCAUGUCUGCUAUGAGCAUCAAAUUGGGCCCAGCACUAAAAAUCGUCGCUAGGAUCGAUUCAAUGCGCAUAGAAUCGAUGUCAAAUUCCAAUCCUACGUCGAACAACUCGUAAGCAAUGGAACGUCUGUUUCCGGAAUGUUGAAUUCUGGUUUACGGGCUACAGGGUUUGUGCAAGUAUUUGUUUGAACGUAAGAUUGUAAAACUCCUGGAUAGAUGGAAACGUUCGAAUGCGACGAAUGCUACGGGGAAUUCUCGUGCCGAAAUAUUCCGUCAGACUUUCGACAUCUGUGGCUCCUUAAUUAGUUUUAGAAAAUUGUACAAUUUACUUUCAUAAAUGAAACAUGAUGAAGUGGUGGUCAAUAUUCAUUUUAAUUUAGAACGUAUGACGAAUAUGAAUAUGAAGAAAAAGACUCAGUCCGUGUAAGCUAUUAAUUGGUACUUUUAUUUACAAUGAGGAUACUUUGUAUACUACACGUAUGGAGGAUGUUCAUGAAUAAUAAACUUCGAAAGCAAAAAACUCGGGGAUUUCGCAUAAAAAUUCUUUAUUCUUCAACAUUUAAUUGCGUUAUUCAAAAACAUCGUCCGUACGUUAUUUAUAAUUUGAUUUUUAAUAUAAUUUAUCGAUUGAUUUACUACAGAUGUAAAUAAGUCUAAUAUAACUGUAUUGUAUUCUUUAGAAUUAUAUUUUUAAAUGCAUGUUUAGUUCUUACGCAAAUUUACAGGUGAAAACAAUUGUUCUCAAGAGAACAAUACCGCAAUAACAUGGAAUUUAUUCGAUUAUAGCGUGUAAUUGCAAAACAGAACUUACACCGACUGAUGUUCAAAUAUGUACAUAAUGAUAGAAUGUUCGUGACAGGAAGGAUUUUAUUUGAUAUGCAGGGUGUCUGAAAAAUGUCGGAACCCCAUAAUAUUUUAAAUCAAGCAUUUCCGAAAUAUUAAGAGAUUCCGGCACUUUUCAGACAUUCUGUAUAUUCAUACAGUUCUAUAAAUGUUUUUCCAAAGUGCACUAUUUUGUGAAAAGCGGUAUAAUUAGAACUGUGGAAGAUCAGAGUACAAAUCAUGUCCAUUACGCAGCAGAGAACACAUAUUGUACAUAAAACGAAAAUGCAUGCUGUAUUUUGUACUCGAGAGUAAACACUACUGAGUGGUGUACAACAAACGCAUUGCCUUCUGUAACGUUGCAAAGCUAUUAUCUUAUUGAAAAUUUGGCAUUUUCUUGUCUUUUUAGGCAUUAAGCACGAGAAAGGUGAUGUUUACGAUCGAUCAUUUUGACGUGCAAAAAGCCCAUGCUUGUCAUUUGUACUUUCGUACGUGUUUUUGUAAAUGUAAGAUGUAUACUCGAUCGAUUGACAUAAGUGUAAAUAGUAAACAUAAAAUGUUUAUUUAAUAUACAUAUUUUAUAAUACGAGA